AUGGUCCUAUUGACAGUAGUUUUGAUCAACUCGUCCCAACAGAAUGGCGAGACUUUUUUGCCGCCAUCUCCGGAAUGCCUGCAAACACAAUCGAUUAUUAGAGAUGAAGCGCCUGCGGUAUCAUUUUUUUCAAGUAAGAAGAUUGGAAAGCCAACAAGCAUGUCUAAUGAGGAGGUGGGGGAUUAUUUUCUUACAUCAAAGACCAUUCUUGGAGACUCUUCAUCUUGGGUCGGGUUUUCCUCCUAUGCAAAUCAGCUUCAUCGCCAAUACUCGCUCUCCGGCUUUGUCCUGAACAUCCUAGUGGUUGGUAUUGAGGAGUUUGAGCUCUCCAUGACCAUGAACAUCACUGUGGUUGAUGGCUUCGGGGAUCAAGUGGACAAUGUAGAUAUGAAUAUUGCAGUGCAGAAAGCGACAUUUUCCGCCGCUUCCGAGGUGAGAUUGUGGAUAGCAGAUAUCACGCGUGCAUCUAUCUUCUCCCACCAUGGAGGACAAGGUAACCCACGGCAACGUUUACUUGAAAGUCUGAGGAAAAUCGACAUCCUGGCAAUGUCAAAGCUGGACAAAGUGAUAAAUUUAAUUCCAGUCAUUGGCCGAGCAGAAAUCCUUACAUUGCGCGAGCUGUCUCUUUUAAAAGGAAGGAGCUCAAUUCCAUUUGCCGUUAUUGGAGCACUUCUGCAGCACAACAAUGGGUCGCCCCAAUCUGCGCCUUUGAAGUGCAGGGAAUAUCCGUGGGGGAAAAUCAAUAUCGAGUCUGAUGAGUACUAUGACUUCCUGAAAUUCAAGCAAGUUCUUAUUUCGGAUCAUAGCGAAGAGCUCAGAAGAAAAGCCACCAUCCUUUAUGAAAUAUAUCGCGCCGACAUCCUUUCAAAGAAGCCUACCAGCCCGCCCAAAAAGUACAAUAUUAGACCUAUCACUAUCUCAUAG